UUGUGUGCAAAGAGUGCUGUUUUUGAGCGAUUGCUUACAUAUUAUACACAUUAUAUUGAAUGAGUAAAUGAAACAAAAUAUUAAUAAUCAUAGGAUUUAGUCAUCACUUGAGUGACAAUCGUUGAUAACAAUUGCUAUAAACAGUAUAUUAUUGACCAAAUCAGUGGUUUUAUCUAAAUUUUAAAACCAAUUAUCAUCGCAUAUAUGUCAUCAAUGGCCAGCACUUCACCGAAAGCCGUGGCUAACAAUAUGGACGGCGAACGUAUCGUCCGAAACAAUACUAACAUAUUGAUUGGUCGCUUACCCGAAGAUUUCUUAAGAUUUGACGCCAAUGAUGGUACUAAUGGUGAGACAGUACAGAGUCCACGCACUUUGCAUCAGAUCCAAGCCGAUGAAGAAGUGGCUAUGGCUUUACAACAGCAACAGUAUCACAGAUGGACAGCCAGUCCACAGAAUAUUAGGGGAAGACUUGAUGUAACGAUAGUUGAGGCCAGACUUGUCAAGAACUAUGGUGUCACUCGAAUGGAUCCAUACGUUAGACUCAGAAUCGGACACCAUAUUUAUGAGACCAGAACCUGCUAUAACGGAGCCAAGAAUCCCAAGUGGAACAAAGUCUUCCAUUGUUAUUUACCGCAAGGCGUCGACUCCUUUCAUAUUGAGAUAUACGACGAGUGCUCCUUCACUGUCGAUGAGAUGAUUGCAUGGAUUUUAUAUAAAAUACCCGAAUCGACAUUCAGUGGACAAACAGUUGAGGAAUGGGUUGAUCUCAAUGGCAAACAAGGAGAUGGUAAAGAGGGACAGAUAUGUGUUGUCACAUCUUUUACACCUUUAAAUAAGACUGCUCUUCAAAAUACUGGAUACCCAGUAACAGCUCCUAUGGUUCCCGUAUUAAUUCCCAAUCAAUAUGGUGUUGUUUACGGUCAAAACAUGCCUCAAGUGUAUGUACAACCUGGUCAUCCACCAACUGGUUCACAACCUCAACCUCAACCACAACCACAACCCAUAGUUAUUAGUGAAGAGGAUGUCAAACAAGUAUCGGAAAUGUUUCCAAACGUAGAGAUAGAUGUUAUCAAAGCUAUUAUGGAAACACAGAGAGGAAAUAAAGACAGAACUAUUAAUUCAUUACUUCAGAUGACAAGUGAAAACAAUUAAUUAUUUUAUUUGAUAUCAAAUCAAAUC